AAUGAGAAACUUACCAUGCAAAAUUUGAAUGACCGUCUGGCUUCCUAUCUGGAAAAGGUGCGCUCCUUAGAAAUUGCAAACACUCAUCUUGAGAAACACAUCCGGGAGUGGUAUGAGAAAAGUUCCCCAGUUGCUCAGCAAGACUAUAGCAACUACUUGAAAACAAUUGAAGACCUCCAAAACAAGAUUAUUGGCGCACGGCUAGACAACACCCAGAUCAUCCUGCAGAUUGACAAUACCAAGCUGGCUGCUGAUGAUUUUCGUGUCAAAUAUGAGACUGAACUGAACCUCAGACAAAGUGUGGAAAAUGACACAGCAGGGCUGAUGAGACUAAUUGAUGACUUGACUCUUGUCAAGUCUGAUUUGGAGCAUCAGGUUGAAGGGCUGAAGGAAGAACUGGCUUACCUGAAGAAAAAUCACGAGGAGGAAACUGAAAGAUUGCGGAAGCAGCUGGGUGGGACUGUGUCUGUAGAGGUGGAUGCUGCUCCAGGCAUUGAUCUGGGCCAAAUGAUGGAUAACAUGCGCCAGCAGUAUGAAGUCAUUGCUGAAAAGAACCGCCAAGAAGCCAAGGACUGGUUUGAUAAACAGGUUGAUGAAUGGAAUGUGGAAGUGACUACUACUACCCAACAACUUGAGACCCAUAAAAAUGAAAUCACAGAGAGGAGACGCACCCUUCAGAACCUUGACAUUGAACUUCAAACCCAACUUAAUUUGAAAGCUGAUCGGGAGAAUGAGUUGGCUGGAGUUGAAGCCCGUUAUGGUGCCCUCUUGGCCCAGAUCCAGGCGACCAUUGCUAAUUUGGAGGCACAGCUGAUGCAGCUGCGAAAUGACAUGGAGCGGCAGAGUCAAGAGUACAACAGCCUCCUGGAUAUUAAGGUCAAGCUAGAGGCGGAAAUUGCCACUUAUCGGCGUCUGCUGGAAGGGGAAGACACCAGGUGAGUUUUGACACAGCAGAUCAAGACUGUUGUCGAAGAAAUGGUGGAUGGGAAAGUGGUGUCAUCCAAGGUUGACGAGAGGGAACAGAAGAUGUAGCCAGCUGUGGCUCGAAAUGCAUGUUAUGUUCGUUAGGGGGAAAACUAUGAGCUAAUCUCAAAAACCGACCUUUUGAAGAUAAAAGAUUAUUUUCUGUAGAUUUAAAGAGAGAAUACAAUUACAAAGAGAA